GGUGGAGGGGGAGAGAGGUAAAUAGCCUUAAAUCGGAAGGGAGCUGCUUCUCUGUGGUCUUCCACAAGAGCUGCCUGGGCUCUGCUGGCUCAGUAAUAACUGAGUGACCUUUUCUUUUGCUGUAUUAUGUCUGGCUGGUAAGGGAUUGCAUUUUGCAGCUGAUAAAGCCCUGACUUCAUUCAACUCGGCUCCUCACACGCUGCUUUAGGUAAGUUGUCUUCAGCCAGGACGGAGACAGACAGCCUUGGACUGCAAGAUACUAAAAGGAGGACACCUGUAGCUCGGAUGCGGUCAACACAAUUACUUGGCGGAUCCUUGAGGACCUCAUUAUUUUAAACUUAAAGAAUAGCGAUCUCCCUCCCCAUCUCUCCCACCCCCCUUUUAUUUUUUUUCCCCAAACAAUGCUUCUUUUUGACCUUUCCCAAGGAGAAGAGCUACAAAGCAGCCACUGUGCUUAUUGAACUGCCUCCCCUGUAUCGCUUAAUUGAGAAGGUAUACAAAUGCUCUCAGUUCAGCCAGACACCAAGCCGAAAGGUUGUGCUGGCUGCAACCGUAAGAUUAAAGACCGGUAUCUUCUAAAGGCCCUGGACAAAUAUUGGCACGAAGACUGCCUGAAAUGUGCCUGUUGUGACUGCCGCCUGGGGGAGGUGGGCUCUACUCUGUACACCAAAGCCAACCUUAUCCUUUGUCGCAGAGACUACCUGAGGUUAUUUGGUGUUACAGGAAACUGCGCUGCCUGCAGUAAGCUCAUACCUGCUUUUGAGAUGGUGAUGAGAGCUAAGGACAAUGUUUAUCAUCUGGAUUGUUUUGCAUGUCAACUUUGUAAUCAGAGAUUUUGCGUUGGAGACAAAUUUUUCCUGAAGAACAACAUGAUUCUGUGCCAGACAGACUAUGAGGAGGGUUUAAUGAAAGAAGGUUAUGCACCCCAGGUUCGCUGAUCUGAUGCCACAUCAUUAAGAAUACAAAGCACUAUGUUCUUUUAUCUUUUUUGCUCAACAUGUAUAUAAGAAAUGACACAGGAACUUACUGAAUAGCGUAGAUAUAGGGAGACAGAAUGGUUGUGUGAAAUAAAAGGCGGACUGCAUCUGUAUGUAGUGAAAAUUGCUCCAGUUCAGAGUUGAAUGUUAAUUAAAAAGGUACUGUACAUACAGCUGGAUUUUUUUGCUUGCUAUUGGGAUUUUUUUUUUUUGUUUGUUUGUUUCUUUUUGUGUCAUUUGGCAUGAGAUGUUUAUUUUGGACUAUUGUAUAUAAUGUAUUGUAAUAUUUGAGGCACAAAUGUAAUACAGUUUUAUUGUGUUACCAUUUGUGUUCCUGUUUGCUUCUUUGUAUUGUUGCAUUUAGUACAAUCAGUGUCUAAACUUACUGUAUAUUUAUGCUUUCUGUAUCUACCAGCUAUUUUAAAUGAGCUGUAUCUUUCUAGUAAAAAGAAUUAAAGAGCAAAUCCCAACCAUUAUGCUACA